AUGAGCAAGGCUCCCGAUGCCUGGGAGGACGAGUGGUCCUCCACCGCCGAUAAACUGCCAACUCCCCCCGCGGAAACGGAGGCCAAAAGAGUCUCGUCGAAAGUGACAAAAGCCCAGCGAAGGGCUCAACAGGCCGAGUUCAACCGGCAGCUGUGGGCCGAAGCUGAAGGGCCUAGAGAAACCAACUACUUUUUGGAGUCGCGCAAUAUCGUCCCCCUACGAUCCGAGUUCAAACCACCGCCGAUCCUCCUCUCGAGAAAAGGGCCCAUAAUUCAAUCGCAAUCUCCUCGACCGCCCACUGCCGGUCUCCACGACCUAAGCCUGAAUAGCUUCAAGAAUGACUCUGCUGGACGUGAGUCCUCCGAGGACGAAGAGGAGGUCAAGGCCCGCGAACUGACCCUCGCCGAACGACAAGCCCGCGCCGCCAGGGACCGCGAGGAGAAGCAGCGCAAAUACGAGGAACGCAGACAAGAACUGUUCGGGACCUCGAGUGCCAGUACCACACUAUCCUCUCACCAACAAGGAGGCUAUAACAAGUCGGGAACCUCCAGUCCAGGGAGCUCGACCCCGCCCGGCUCAAGAUCUGCGACACCAAAUCGCAGUCGGGGCGGCAGAGGAGGGCGCCGCGGAGCGGGAGGAGUGGGAGGCGUGGCGGGUAACCACAACAUGAACUCUCGAAACCAAUCAAGAGGAGGGUCCCAACAUCGAGAAUUAUAUGAUCCUUCAUACGCUUCGAGGCCUGACUCGACAUAUCCUCAGCAGCGACGAGAGUGGGAGAACGGGGUGGGAUCGCUCCACAACUCUACCGGAUUACCUGCUCUGCAGCACGUCCAGGAACCGAUCCGGGCACCGAGAGGGCCCGAUGGCAGUGGCCGGGGCGGAUUUGGUUUUGCCAUCAGGGUGCCAGCAAACAUAGCUGGGCAAGCCGAGACGGCCACGACAGCGCCAGGUUACCAAUCUUUAGCAAGAAGGGACGUCACUGCUCCCAGCUCUGACUAUGAUGCGACGCGGACGACCUCUUGA